AUUUUCUCUUGAACUUUUACUGCACUAGAUGCAGAAAUUAAAAAAACAAUAGAAAACAAAACAGAUCUGGGUCAUAAAAGUUUCAUAAAGUCAAAAUAACGAAUUAAAAAAAUUUAACAUUUCACACAAAUAUUUAUCAUGCGUAUUCCAUCACUACCAUAUUGAGAUCCACGGAAGAAACCACUUUCUCUGGUUCAUUAACAAAAUAUGGGUUUCAUGGAGAAAUUUGACAAGUUUUUCGAUACUAUUCCGGCGAUGGAUCUGAUGCGUUCCGAAAAAAUGAGUUUCGUGCAACUCAUCAUUCCCGCCGAGUCCGCUCACCGAGCCAUCUCUUAUCUCGGUGAACUCGGCCUUCUCCAAUUUCGCGAUUUAAAUGCUGAUAAAAGUCCUUUUCAACGGACGUUUGUUAAUCAGGUAAAACGAUGCGGAGAGAUGUCAAGGAAGCUUCUGUUUUUCAAAGAUCAAAUCACUAAAGCUGGUUUAUCAUCUUCGACACUUCCUGCUGUGGAACCAGAUCUUGAACUGGAGGAAUUAGAGAUUCGACUUGCUGAACAUGAACAUGAGCUACUUGAGAUGAACUCUAACUCUGAGAAACUUCAACGAUCAUACAAUGAGCUUUUAGAGUUUAAAAUGGUAUUGCAAAAGGCAGUUGGCUUUCUUGUGUCAAGCAAUAGUCAUGCAGUUGGAGAGGACAGAGAACUAAAUGAAAAUGUGUAUUCAAACAAUGGUUACAGUGACACAGCUUCAUUACUUGAACAGGAACUGAGUUCCGCGCCAUCAAACCAAUCUGGUUUGAGAUUUAUCAGUGGUAUUAUACCUAGACACAAAGCUCUGAGUUUUGAGAGAAUGCUAUUUCGUGCUACAAGGGGAAAUAUGCUUUUCAAUCAUGCAUCUAUCGAUGAAGAGAUUAUGGAUCCUGUGUCCGCCGAAAUGGUUGAAAAGACUGUGUUUGUCAUUUUCUUUUCAGGGGAGCAGACAAGAGUGAAAAUAUUUAAAAUAUGUGAAGCGUUUGGGGCUAAUUGCUAUCCUGUCCCUGAAGAUAUAACUAAACAGAGACAAAUAACCAGAGAAGUUUUGUCACAUCUUUCUGAAUUGGAGGCCACUUUGGAUGCUGGAAAUCGCCAUCGAAACAAAGCCCUUACUUCUAUUGGGUUCUAUCUAACAAAAUGGAUGAAAUUGGUUCGUAGUGAGAAAGCUGUAUAUGAUACAUUGAACAUGCUUAAUUUUGAUGUCACCAAAAAAUAUCUUGUUGGAGAGGGCUGGUGCCCCAUCUUUGCAAAAACUCAGAUUCAGGAUGCACUACGUCGUGCAACAUUUGAUAGCAGUUCACAAGUGGGCAUAAUAUUUCAUGUGAUGGAAGCUCUGGAGUCACCUCCUACAUGCUUUAGAACAAACCGUUUUACGAAUGCAUUUCAGGAAAUUGUCGAUGCAUAUGGUGUUGCUAGAUAUCAAGAAGCAAAUCCUGCUGUCUAUGCUGUUAUUACCUUUCCAUUUCUUUUUGCGGUAAUGUUUGGGGAUUGGGGUCAUGGAAUAUGCUUGCUGAUUGGAGCUUUAGUCCUUAUCGCUCGUGAAAGUAAGCUCAGUUCUCAGAAACUUGGAAGCUUCAUGGAGAUGUUUUUUGGCGGCCGCUAUGUACUCCUUUUAAUGGCAUUGUUUUCAAUUUACUGUGGGCUGAUUUACAAUGAGUUCUUUUCUGUUCCUUUUCACAUAUUUGGUGGGUCUGCUUACAAAUGCCGAGACACCACGUGCAGCGAUGCACAUACUGUUGGUUUAAUCAAAUACCAAGAUGCAUACCCUUUUGGUGUGGAUCCCAGUUGGCGUGGAAGUCGUUCAGAACUGCCCUUUCUGAACUCUCUCAAGAUGAAGAUGUCAAUAUUAUUUGGUGUUGUGCAGAUGAAUUUAGGAAUUCUUUUAAGUUACUUUAAUGCACGUUUUUUCCGAAGCUCAAUAGAUAUAAGGUAUCAAUUUGUGCCACAAAUAAUCUUCCUCAACUCCCUUUUUGGGUACCUUUCGCUACUCAUUAUCAUCAAAUGGUGCUCUGGCUCACAGGCGGACCUUUACCAUGUGAUGAUUUAUAUGUUUUUGAGUCCUACUGAUGAGCUUGGUGAAAACCAGUUGUUUUGGGGACAGAGACCAUUGCAGAUCAUGUUGUUACUGUUGGCUAUAGUUGCAGUUCCGUGGAUGCUGUUUCCUAAACCUUUUAUUUUGAAGAAGCUUAAUACUGAGAGAUUUCAAGGUCGAACCUAUGGGCUUCUUGGCACCUCUGAGAUGGAUCUUGAUAUGGAGCCUGGUUCUGCUCGACCGCAGCAUGAUGAUUUUAAUUUCAGUGAGGUGUUUGUACACCAAAUGAUACACUCCAUUGAAUUUGUGCUUGGUGCAGUUUCAAAUACAGCAUCAUACCUUCGACUCUGGGCUUUGAGCUUGGCACACUCGGAACUGUCAACUGUUUUCUAUGAGAAAGUCCUUCUCCUUGCUUGGGGGUAUGACAUUCUUGCUGUCCGGUUAGUGGGACUCGUAGUAUUUGCUUUCGCCACAGCCUUCAUUCUACUCAUGAUGGAGACACUUAGUGCAUUCCUACACGCCUUAAGACUUCACUGGGUAGAAUUCCAAAAUAAAUUCUACCACGGCGAUGGCUACAAGUUCAAACCUUUCUCAUUUUCUUUGAUAAACGAUGACGACAAUUAGUCAGCCUGCACAUAUUUUCGAUUUUGGUUUUGCAUACGAGGCGCCAGAGAUUUUUGCUGAGAGAACCAUUUGCAACAAAAAGGAUUGAACCGGCAGACGUUAGUGCCUUUUUCGCCCCCGACAUUAGAGCUGCUGCACGGGUUUAACAUAGAAAUGUGAAAUGCCGACUCAUAAUUCUUUGGGUUUAUGGUAUAUAUAUAAGGUUUGGUUACAGCCACGAAAGGCCAAUAGAUUAUAAAGAGGAUUAGUGAAAAUUAUUUGUAAAGAGGGAGGUAAAAUUUAAAUACGCCAUGUACCUUUUUAUUACUUUCUGGAUAGAAAUAGAAACGUGAAACUAUACAACAGAAGUUAUGGAUUUUGUAGUUAUUGGAGCCUUCUGUUUAAGUUUUAAGUUUAAGUUUUGAGUAAUUCGCAAUACUGUUGCAAAUUUUUGUAUACCUCUUCACUUACAUCAGAGAGAAAUUAAUGGCUUUCACUGUUCAA